GGGUUGAAAGCUGCCCACCGAAAGCCUUUGUCCUUGGAUUGAGGUUAAUACAUCGCUACCAUCAUUACCAGUUUUCGUGGGGAACCCCUUGCAACGUUUGCAGCGGCAUGCGGGCGACACGCCACGCAAAUUGAUUGCAGAAAUGUGGGGUGGACUUGGCUUUACACUUCACUUACACGAGACAGUAUGGGUGGAGAGGAAGGAAAGGUAUAAAUCAUUCACACAAGCUUCCAGGGAACUGGCGCUGCAAGUUAAGUUUCUCACUAGCCCGCGCGCCCUGCACUCGUGCAGAUGUUGUUUUGCUUAGUUGAUAGACCCAGAUAACUUUUUGCAUUUAAAGGGAGCUCUAACGACGUGUGCAGCCGCCCGAGUUGGGGUUGUGGCGCUGAGGUCAGCUCACUAGCUCGCGCAGCGCCGGCGGGUUCCUAAGUCAACUCGCACGCUAUGCUGACAGCUUCGGACAUGGUUAUGCGUUGCGGGCCUAGAGGGCUCGCCGCAGCGGACGCGCGCGCGCCUGCUCGCGUCGUCUCCACUUCCCAGCAGCACCCCGCGCUGGCAAGGUGCCCGGCUGCGAGCACACCCCACGCAACCGCCGGUCUCGCGGCGCCUAAGUCCACCAUGCGGCAACGCAUUAUCUCCAAUGCUUCUAGCGCCCCCGCCGACGGCACAAACGUGGUGCUGGACGCACUCAGACAACGGCUGCUGUCACGCAGCAACUCUGAUUCACGGCAGGGCGCCCGGCCCGCCCCGCACCCCCAGCAGCCCUCCUCGCAACCAGCUGUGGCCAUGUCUGCCACCUAUGCGCCAGCGGCCUGGCCGCAGGGGCAGCGCGGGACGGCGGCAGUCGAGGCGGGCGCACGCAGUGCAUCAGGAGCGGGACUAGGGCGCGGCCUGCUUCGCAGCAGAGGCGGUGCCGGCGGCGCCGGCCAGGGUGGCGAGGCGCCCGCACCCGCACACCCCCGCGGCUCCGCAACCACUGCCCACGGCGCCAGCAGCAGUCGGGAGGAAGCGAGGGGCGGACUGGUCAAGGCUUGGGGCUCGGAGCGUGCUGGCUCCCGGGGCGUCCUGCGCUCGCCAGCCCCUGCUCGGGGCGCGGCCGGAGGUGCGGCGCUGCAGCCGGGCGCCUCAUCGGCGCCGCCGCCGGCGCAGUCGGGGCAGCCGGGGCGCGAGCAGACCCCCAACGCGCUGCGUACAGGCCUGGCGCUGACGUGGCUGGGCACCAACAGCGGCACGCCCACGCUGGAGCGCAACGUGAGCUGCACACUGGUGCGGCUGCCUGGCACGGUGCAGGUGGUGGACUGCGGCGAGGGCAGCCACCGGCAGCUGGCGGCGGCGGCGGCGGGCGGCGGGCUGGAGCUGGCGGACGUGGACGGCAUCUUCAUCACGCACAUGCACGGCGACCACUGUUUCGGCCUGGGGGCGGCGCUGGCGCUGCUGGAUGGAGCCAAGGUGGCGCGGCAGGCCGACCCUGCACGCCGCCGACACCACGUGUACGGGCCGCCCGGGCUGGCGGAGCUGCUGCGCGCCUCCAUGGUCGUGACUGGCGCGGCGGCCUCCCUCAAGCUGCCGCUGCUCAUCACCGAGCUGGUGUGCAGCCCCGCCAACGCCCACGGCCCACAGCCGCUGGAGGCGGCCACCGGCGCGGCGGCGGCGGCGCGCUACACGUCGGGCGCGCGGGCGGGCAGCGCGGGCGCGGCGGUGGCUGCGGGGAGGAGGAAGGCGGAGGAGGCGGAGCAGGAGGAGGUGGCGGAGCGGGCCGGCGCCGGCGCCGGCGCCGGCGGCAUUAUGGUGCAGCGGCUGGCGGCGCUGCACAUGGACGACUCGCCGCAGCUGCAGGCAGCGGCGGCGGCGGUGGGCCCGCGGGUGGCCGGCCUUCAGGAGAUCUGGUGGCCGCCGCGUGGCUUCAACUCCCGGGCCCGCGCGCAGCAGCUGGACGCCGCCCGCCGCGCCGGCGCCGGCGCCGCCGCCUCGCCGUACGCUGACUCCGAGUCGGACACGGAGCUGUACGAAAUGUACGGCAGCAUUGACAGCGAUGACGAGGGCGGCGCGCCGUACGGAAAUGGCGGCGGCGGCAGCGGCUGGGUGCGGCGGCCGCCGCCGUUCGUGGCGGCUGAGGGGUUGUACUGGGAGAUGCCCAACUGCGCCGGCGUGACGGUGCGGGCGGCGCAGCUGCAGCACCGCGUGCCGUGCUGGGGCUACGUGUUUGCGGAGUCGGUGAUGCCGCCGCAGGCUGCGGCCGUGCCGGGAGCCCGGCGGCGCAAGGUGGUGGUGAUGGGUGACACGGUGUCAAGCCGUGCCAUUGCGCCGCUAGCCGCCGGCUGCGACGUGAUGGCGCACGAGGCCACCUUCGCGGCGGGCAUGGAGCAGAAGGCGCGCAUCGCGCAGCACAGCACGGGCGCCAUGGCCGGCGCCUUCGCGGCGGCGGUGGGCGCGCGCGCGCUGGUGCUCACGCACUUCUCGGCGCGGUACCGUGAGGCGCCGGUGAUGCGGGACCGCGAGUCUCGCGCCACGGGCCGCCUGGAGCUGGAGCAGCAGUCGUACGAGAUCCGGGCGCUUAUACGCGAGGCCGCCGAGGCGUGGGGUCCCCGCAAGACGCCGCCGCCCAUCACCGCAGCAUCCGACUUCUACACAUUCCACGUGCCGCUGCGCAUCGCCGCGGCAGCGGGGCCGGCGGGGCCAGCUGCGUCAGGCGUGGCAGAGGAGGCGGAGGGAGCCGGGGAGGUCAAUGCUGGCAGGAGCAGCAGCACUGGCUCUAGGUUGCAACAGGCUGCGUCUGUGUCAUCCUCGUCGUCGGCGGCGGCGGCACAGCGGGGUGCGUCAGGAGGCCGGCUGGUGUCUCGGCGCUAGGCGCCAGUUUGUGGCGGUUCAGUGUUGGCGGUGCAGCUGUAGGGCAUGGUACUAGGGUCGAGUUGUGGAUGUGUCGGGAGUUUUAAACAGAGCAGCAUCAGGGCUGCCCAGACUGGUACUGGCAGUUUCGUCGAAGGUCGUAUGUGCUCGCCGUUUUGCACUUUCGUUGUUGUCAGUGAACCUAGCCCCAGUUUUGCUUCACAUGUUCCGGGGUCGUGGUGCGUGGGCAGUGGACUCGCAGCGCGCUGGCCGGUCAUGUUUCCGCAGCGCGGAUGCAUUGGUGAUACACAAUAUAGCUGAGCGGUAGAGGACCGUUGCCGAUGUUGUUUGCAGUGGCAAUCGAGCAGCAGGCGGAGGCGGGCCCUGCACAGAGACUGGGCCGCCGCAGGAGAUGAACUGCAGGUGAGGAGGACCCAUGCAGGGACCGCUGGUGCGGCGCCCAACAUCGGUGCAGUGACGGUUGCGCGGGCUUUAGGGAGCUGUUGCGCGGUCUUUAGGGAGCUGUUCAGUUCGUCCGUAGUCGGUACACGCCGUGGCUCCCGUUGGGGCGGUCGCGCUAUGGGUUGCGGUGUAGGCACUGCGUGUGCUAUGGGACAAGGUUAAGGCUGGUGGGGGAUUCCAUGCCGUUGGGAUGAGUCCGUCAAUGAGGGGAGGCCAGGGACAAGGCUUGAGACCGUGGAGGUGCAGCCUGUAACGUUGUGGCUAC